GGAAUAUUUUAACCAGCACUGUGAAUGAUAAGGAACUACUUCCGGUUGUUUGCACAAAAUCUGGAAAAAUUGAACCUUUUAAGUUCACUUUGAAAGGUUUUAAAUCCAGUUCAGUCUUAUAAACAUUGACUCUCUGUCUGACGGUUUCUUCAUGUUCACACGACACCACUUAAGCCGAUGUCGGCGUCUCUAACAGAAGAGGGCUUAGACCCGGCUCUAGUGAUAUCGACCGUUGAGGAACAGAUCAUAGAGGACCAGCAGGCGGCUAAGGAAAUCAUUCUGUGUCCCGAAAUACAGUUUGUACAACAGAAAUCACAGCCAGCCAAGGAGAAAGAUAUUGUAAUAUUUCCUAAGUCCCGGCAGUACUACGCUAAAAUGUCAUUGGUUGAUCUCGGAAAACGUCUCCUGGAGGCAGCCAAGCGAGGGGAAACGGACGACGUCCGUACACUGAUGUCCAAUGGGGCACCCUUUACCACAGACUGGCUUGGGACUUCCCCUUUACAUUUCGCCUCCCAGUACGGUCACAUUGAGACAGCUGAGGUACUUUUACGAGCGGGUAUUAGUCGUGAUGCUAGAACUAAAGUAGAUAGGACCCCCCUCCAUGUGGCAUCACAGGAGGGCCACUCUGACAUCGUGGAACUUUUGGUCCAGCACGCAGCUGAUGUCGACGCCAAAGACAUGUUAAAGAUGACUCCUCUACACUGGGCCACAGAGAAGGGACACGCCCACGUAAUGGAGGCCCUGAUAAAGCAUGGAGCUGAUACGACGUGUGAAAACAAGUUUGAUAGGACCCCUCUAGACAUUGCUAUAGCCAAUGGGAGAGCAGAUCUGGUACAGAUUCUUCAGCUAGCCCAGCACACACAUAUUGGGAGCAUGGGUGAUGAUGAAACAGUUACCAUAGAAACUACAGAGGUGGAUCCAGAAAAUGUAGAAGAAACAGUUACAGUGUCUUCAGACUUAGAUGGGGUCAAACAAGAUGGACAGGACCAGACAAACUCCUCAGUACUAGCGACACUAGCAGCUCUAGCUGAAGCCACAGCUCCCAGCAGCAGUGCUCAAGUGACAACUGCCAACACAGAUGCCAUGUCGUGGUUAGAGAGUCAGGGUAUCACAAUGAUUACCACGACGGAGGGUGGGAUCAUAUCCUCAGCCAUGGAGAGUGGGCAGUCUAUAGCUCUCACAGAAGCUGGAAAGAUUGCUUUGACCAACAUAAUCAAACAGCAGGGCCUAUCAGCUGGAACUCUUAUUACCCAGGAUGCCGUUCUAGCUGAUGACGCCAUAGUUACAGAUGAUACAGUGGUGACCCAGGAGUCAGCUAUCUUAGGACCUGGCGAGGUGAUGGAGGGAGAUGUAGAGCAAGGACUCGUAGAAGGGGAGGAAAAUCAGAAGGUGAUUACGAUUGUCGCUGCCCCUGGCCUUGACCCAGAUCAGGAGGGACUGGGAGAGGUCAUGACCUCAGAAAGCAUGGUGAUGGGAUCAGGGGAUGCUACUGAUGAACAGCUAGAAUCCCCAGAGGAACCUCCCAUGAAGAAAAUGAAGUCUGAAGCAAUAGAAGAAGAGGAUACAAGUAUAUACACAAACCCUAUAGAGAAGGACACAGAGGAGGGAGUUGACCUUGACAAGGAGACCCUCCGUCGCCAGUUGGAAGAGAUGCAGCGACAAGCGGAGGCAUACAAACUACAGCUGCAGCAGAAAGAGGAGGAGGCCGCCGCAUAUAAAAAGAAACUAGACGAGAGUAUCAUCACAGAGGUCUCAACGGAGGAGACGUAGGGGUCAGAGGUCAAGGACAUUUCAGGUUACUCAAGGAUUUGUCAUAAGAGACAGAUGUUUGUGCUGAAUAGUGUUUCUAUGUAUGAUAAGCUGUUGAUAGGAAAUGUUUUACCAAAAUAGUAAAGGGAGGUUACAAGACACUUGUUCAUGAUGUGGGUUUAGCCUUGCUUGACUAUGAUGUGAAAUAAACCACAAAUUCAUUCAGAAAAUGGUCAUAUUUUAAAAAUUACAAAGGUACAUGGAAAUACACAAAUUUGAAGAAAAGAAAUUCAUUGGCAACUUUGUAAAAAAAAAAAAAAAGAAAAAAUGCAUUCAGGUUACUCCUGGAAUAUUAAAGUUUUAUUGGUGAGAUUAUUGUGUUUCUUCCACUGAACUGAAAUUCUUUUUCAGCAGUGUUCAGAACGAAUCAAGUCAGAGCAAAUCUGAUCUCAUUGUAGAACUUGUAACAAUAUUUUUUCAAAAGGAAUGAAGUGUUUCGUAUAAUGAUGAGUGAAAAUAUGACUGAAUUGAAAGGUAAGGAGGAAUUGAAGUGUAUAGGAGAUGUGGACAACAGUUAACUUUAUUUGUCAUCUGUACAUUUAUCAUUGUUACCGAUUAUAUCAUGUUUUCAUUGGAAAUGACAUCAUUUACAAUUUAUACUUUUAAUGUGUCAAUAUUUUAAAUUCUUCUUCUACAUUGUCAAUCUCUUAUUUUUGAUUUGACAAUAAAUGAGAGAUUUGGA